UCAGCAUAGUAUUCAACCUCGUUAUUGAAAUAAAAUAAUUGAAGAAGCCUUAAAGAUGUAUAGAGAAGCAAAAACACUUUCAUGGAUAUGUUUAAAAACUUAGGAGAAUAGGAAGUAAUUUAGAAGAUUUCAGAUAGAAUAUACCUGAUGCAACUACUUAAAGAUAAAAAUUAUAAUAUUUUAGAACUUACUUGGGCAUUAGACGAAUAUAAACUCGAACUGACACUUCAAAAUAAUAACCGGCUAGCGAACACCAAGACAGACAAAUGGUUAACAGAACUGAUAUUCUUAUUAGAUACUCCGAAUUCAACUUUUCUCUUCUAGCGCGGGACGGUCUUGCGAAGGAACCGACUCCUAAAAUCCAAAAGAAGACGGUGUCUAAAGUGAACUGGGCAUAUGAAACGCUAUCCCAUAUUUUAUCAAUAAUCUGAUUAUGGCCAUACACGAGGAAACUGUCACGUCGAAGUCAACCACACCGUGUAUAAUACGUACAUACAUAAUCUUACGCCCACAAUCCCUGAUGGGGUGGGCAGAGAACUUGCAGUCACUGGUGAAACAAGUAUUAUUCGAGUAUUAUCCGUAUCGUUCAUGAAUAUUCGUCAAAAUUACUGGACUCCUCAAGGGAAGUGUCACGUGCAAAGGAUACUCUUUCACCAACACCGGCACUGCCACCAGAGAAAGUGUAUUAUUGAGCACCAUUUACAUUUACCGGUUUGGGCUAUGAAUUCUGCGCAAGCUAAACAUGACAUAAACGACGGAUUUGUUACCUUGCUUUGCAGUGCGAGCUAUUCAUUUAAGAUUCAUCUGCCGAAAGGGAUCAGUUUACUUUAACCUGAGGCACUCCGACUUGUGACAUCAGACUACACUGGAGGCACAUUAUAUCAUACUGAAAUAGAAAAUUUGUGUGGUUCACCAUUAUUGGAAAUUGGUACUCCAUAGUCACAUGAGGUCAUCGCUGAGCCUGGACAUUUAAGUGAUAGUUCUUUGAUAGAGACUGAGACUUUCAUCGAGGUAACUAGCCCUAGUUAAAGACAUGAUGCUGCCACUAGAGCCCUGGAAAGGAUCAUGAAGUGGAUGUGUAAUCUUUAAACCCUACUAAAUUAAUCGCCUUGCCGUUGGGUGUGUCGCGACGUUGGUCGCGAAGUGUACAUAGUGUCAAUAUUACUAAUGGCAACAUCAAGCAGAAAUAUUCCCGCCAGCGUUGUUCCCAAGAUUUGUCUAUGGAGGUGAAUCGGUGGACGUGUCUCCGACCAAGUAUCAAUGUGAAGCAGAUAUAGUCUCAGAAUACUAAUCUCAGUGGAAACUAUAGGCAUUACGUUUAUUAUUUACAGGCAUUGAAGAAUCUAAAUCAAGAUUGAUUUCGGGAAUGAAUUUUGAAUCUUCUAAUCAUGCUUUACCAUUUACUAAAUUACCUAUACGAACAUUAUUACACAUUUAUAAAACUACAAAAAAUGAUCAUAAGAACAAUUAUUGCAAAAACAGAUUAUAUUAUAUUGCACAUCGAAUAAAGUGUUCCCCUGCAGAAUUAAGUGAACGCAUGGCCCAAAGAACUUUUAUUUAUAGCUUGUCUUUUGAUUGGUUGGCAAGUUCUUUGAAUGUUUUAUUAGAAAUGGGUGUGCCUGGUGACCGAAUAAUAAGAGAUCUAUGGGUGCUGAAAUACAACCAUGUUACCAUACGUCAAAGACUACAGAAAGUUAAAGAUAUGGGGAUUGAAACAUUGUAUCCUUGGAUGGUUAGAUGUUCAGAAGAUAUUCUGAAUAGGUACAUCAGUAUAUCAAAGGAGACAAAGGAUAUCUUAGGUGAUACAAAGUCUACACUGAUAUAUCUGGCCAAUAGACUUAACGUCCCACCUGAAGCUAUAACAGAGAAGUGCCAUAAAAUACCAGCUCUUCAGACUAUAAGGGUUACCAAAGUAAAAUCAUUCUUAGAUUUCCUAAUAAAUCAAGGAUUUGAUGUGAAUGACAUUGCAAAUAAACCAAGAGUAUUAACAUCUUCACAGAAGACUGUAGAACAAAGAUUAGAUAUAUUAAGAAAGUUAGGCCUUACUGAGAUAAAUCUAAAUGCAUUAUGCAAAAGCAGGAAAGAUUUUCAGAAAUAUGUUGACUCCAUAGAAUCAGCAGCAAAUACUAGUGAAAGUGAUAAUACAUAAUACAUAACAAUGAGAACACUUCAAAUUGUAAAUAUGUAAGAAAUUGAAAUACAACUGAUAAGGAUUAAAAAAAAGUUUCAUUUUACAAAGUACAUUCUUCACACCCAAAACCAGGUAUCCAACUUUCUUGUGAAAGGGAUUUUAUAAAAAUAAUUAGGAAUUAAGUAAAAUCGAAAUGAAACGAAGUGAUUAAAAAUAAAAUGAUUAUUUUGCCUCAGCCAUACAAGAUGUACCUGGAAUGAAUUAUGAAACAAAAACUCACUAGCAAUUUAACUAUUCAUGCUUAACUAUUCACAAAAAUGAAAGAAUGUUUGCACAUAAAAUGAGACUUAAAACUUCCUAAUGCAAAUUACAAUAAUAAUUUGAUUGUGACCUUACACAUGGUAAAUAAACAUAGUCUCAGACAAAGUUAUUUGAAGUCAGUUAUUAUUUUUUGA